ACCCGGAAGCGGGAGUCUCGCGCCAGCUGAGCGGCGGUCGGGCGGGGGGAGCGCGGCGGCCCAAGCUCGCUCGGCCACGCGCCCCGCCCCUCAGAGGCCCGCCUGCCGCACGCCCCGCGCAGCCUGCUGUGCCCGUGGGUCCCGAGUGCUCCGCCGCCCGCCCCGACCCGCGCCCAGCCGCCUCCACGGCCCGCGCUCGUACUGGAGCGAAGAGCGGCCUCCUGAAGGAGGGGAAGGGACGUGGGGGCGGCCACGGCAGCAAACUUUUAAGAACUCUGAGCAGAGGCCAGUAAUUUUGGAGACAGGACCUCGGCCUGAAAGUGACAGAUGUCUUUGUUGUUGCUGAGUGUGGGCCAGGUGUAAGGUUUGUAAACAGGGGAUGAGGAACAGAGCGGGACCGGAGUGUCUCAUUUUUCCUCUUCUCGUUUUCCUGGAGAGUUAUAAGUUAGACAUUUAUGCUGCUUCCUUUGUCUCCACCUACACUGGUUCAGCUCCUUUUGGCACAAAGAUUCAACAAAUUAAGGAGUAACUUUUUUUUUUUUUUUUUUUUUGAGACGGAGUCUCGCUCUGUCGCCCAGGCUGGAGUGCGGUGGUGUGAUCUCAGCUCACUGCAACCUCCGCCACCCAGGUGCAAGCAAUUCUCCUGCCUCAGCCUCCUAAGUAGCUGGGAUUACAGGCGCCCAUCACCGCGCCCAGCUAAUUUGUUUUUGUUGUUGUUGUUGUUUUGUUUGUUUUUUUUGAGAUGGAGUUUCGCUCUCGUUGCCCAGGCUGGAGUGCAAUGGCGCGAUCUCGGCUCACCGCAACCUCUGCCUCCCGGGUUCAAGUGUUUCUUCUGCCUCAGCUUCCUGCGUAGCUGGGAUUACAGGCAUGUGCCACCACGCCUAGCUAAUUUUGUAUUUUUAGUAGAGACGGGGCUGCACCAUGUUGGCCAGGCUGGUCUGGAACUCCUGACCUCAGGUGAUCCACCUGCCUCAGCCUCCCAAAGUGCUGGGAUUAUAGGCGUGAGCCACUGCACCCAGCCAAAACUAGCAGUUUUUAUUGUCCAGCAGCACAAGGGCCAGAGAAGACAGGGAGUCCACAGCACACCCUGAAGAGGGUUUCCUUAGGCAAGAUUAAGGCUAAUAUUGUGGCUUUUUUCCCACCAGCAUGAACAGGUGCUUUUGUUUUUGUGAAGAACAAAAUCAUGAGAGAUCAAAUCAGUUUUGAGCUCAUGGUCCACAUUCUUUCUUAUUCAGUACUGAGCAGUUUGGUCACAAUCUCAGUUAACCUUUGCCAUAUACAGAAUAUUCCUCUUAUGAUUUGGAAAAGUAUACCCCUUUGGUGGAUGAAAGAGAGCUAGGAGAACAAACUUUCCUAUUCAUACCACUCACAGCUGUUUUCCCCUUGCAGCAGUGAUCUUUUUUUCACUUAGACGUCAGUUGGUCAGAUGCAACAUUUGGUAUCCAUUUUACCUUUCAUGUACUGCCAAACUAGCACAAGUGUUAAAAUUACUUGUCUCUACAAAAAUUUAGUCACAGCGGAGUGGAAUCUCUCCAUCUUGUAAGAUUACUUUUAACACGUUGGCAUCCUGAGGUGGUUGUGAAUUAUUCUGAAGACUGUUGGAUUAACCUCCAUUUCAGCUAAUCAUGGGAGAGAUUAAAGUCUCUCCUGAUUAUAACUGGUUUAGAGGUACAGUUCCCCUUAAAAAGAUUAUUGUAGAUGAUGAUGACAGUAAGAUAUGGUCGCUCUAUGACGCGGGCCCCCGAAGUAUCAGGUGUCCUCUCAUAUUCCUGCCCCCUGUCAGUGGAACCGCAGAUGUCUUUUUCCGGCAGAUUUUGGCUCUGACUGGAUGGGGUUACCGGGUUAUCGCUUUGCAGUAUCCAGUUUAUUGGGACCAUCUCGAGUUCUGUGAUGGAUUCAGAAAACUUUUAGACCAUUUACAAUUGGAUAAAGUUCAUCUUUUUGGCGCUUCUUUGGGAGGCUUUUUGGCCCAGAAAUUUGCUGAAUACACUCACAAAUCUCCUAGAGUCCAUUCCCUAAUCCUCUGCAAUUCCUUCAGUGACACCUCUAUCUUCAACCAAACUUGGACUGCAAACAGCUUUUGGCUGAUGCCUGCAUUUAUGCUCAAAAAAAUAGUUCUUGGAAAUUUUUCAUCUGGCCCGGUGGACCCUAUGAUGGCUGAUGCCAUUGAUUUCAUGGUAGACAGGCUAGAAAGUUUGGGUCAGAGUGAACUGGCUUCAAGACUUACCUUGAAUUGUCAAAAUUCUUAUGUGGAACCUCAUAAAAUUCGGGACAUACCUGUAACCAUUAUGGAUGUGUUUGAUCAGAGUGCGCUUUCAACUGAAGCUAAAGAAGAAAUGUACAAGCUGUAUCCUAAUGCCCGAAGAGCUCAUCUGAAAACAGGAGGCAAUUUCCCAUACCUGUGCAGAAGUGCAGAGGUCAAUCUUUAUGUACAGAUACAUUUGCUGCAAUUCCAUGGAACCAAAUACGCGGCCAUUGACCCAUCAAUGGUCAGUGCCGAGGAGCUUGAGGUGCAGAAAGGCAGCCUUGGCAUCAGCCAGGAGGAGCAGUAAUGUGUCUCUCGCUGUCAAUGAUGAGUUGACCCGGUGUUUUCUUGUAUAGUCAGUGGCAUCAGCACCCGUCAGCCGGCCUUUUCCUUCAGGUUCGUCAGGCUCACCGGUUCUCACUGUGUCUGGGAAGUAGGACUGAUGGUCAUCUUCAUGACAGGCGGCAUCUCCACUAAGCCUGUGUAACUGUUCCCUCUUUGGUUUUCUUAGCUUUUGAAUUUGAAGAAGUACUUUUGAAGACUCGCAUUUUAAGAACCGUGCAAAUUUUGCUACCAAAAGUCUUCACCACUGUGUUCUUAAGUGAAUGUUAAUUUCUGAGGUUUGGGACUUUGUGGUGUUUUUUUUCUUCUUUUCUUUUCCAUUCUUCUUUCUUUCUUUUUAUGUUGUUUGCUGUAAAUGCUGCACAUCCAGAUUGCAUAUCAGGACAUUGGUUAUUUUCUGCUUUCUUGGAUAUAACCAUGAUCAGAGUGCCAUGGCCACUACCCCACUGUUUGCUCUCCUGCAAAUCAACUGCUUUUAAUUUACACUUAAACAAAUUGUUUUGAGUGUUAGCUACUGCCUUUCUAGAUAUUACAGUCAUUUGGAAUAAAAAUUCUAUUUCACUGA